AUGCUUGGGGUGCUGCGCAUAUGCAACAUACGCACAGUACUAGAACUCAAUGUACGUUGUUCCUCGAGUUUUUCUGAAACGAAUCCAUUUGCUGCUGCCGUUACUCCUCAACCGUUUGUACCGCCUCGUGAUCCUUUCGAUACUCGUAACGUCUUACAUGUACAGCCAAUAAUACAGAAUACUGCUCCACGGACUGUUGACUGGGGAACGAAGGAGAACGCUGCUCCGCAAAUGCACCAUGCCAAUUCCUUCACCACUAACAACUGUUUUGGAGAUAACAACACGCACACUCAAAACCAGUCGAAAUGGGAAGAACGCAAGGUGACGUCAUUGGAAGAGGCCUUCACAAAACUUGUGGAUAUGAAUGCUCUGGUUGCUCGACCGACUAACGACACGAAAAAGAAUCCGUUUGAUCAUAUUCUGAAUCCUCCUAAGGUUGGUUCUCUAUGUGUACCCUUUCAAAACAUGUGA